CCAACAAAGACUCAACAUUUAAAGUCAGAGGCUCCAUCCAGAUCGAUCAUUAGAAGGGAUAUUUCAGCAACAUUCGUCAGCUAUGGGGCCAGCUGUUUUUCUCGGGCUGCUUGCUGUACUGCUGUGCCAUUGCAGUACAGCUCAUUCAGCACGUCUAAAUGACAAGCUGAUGGCAGUGAUUAUUAAGAAGGCCAAUUCGGAGCUCCAACAACCGAACCUGUUUGGGAUCUACAAAGUCAAGAAAGUGAAGGUGGGGAGUGGCAAAAUGGGAUCCACCAGCUUCGUCGACUUUGAGCUGAAGGAGACUCUCUGCCCUCGCUCCAGUGGAAAGAACCCAUCCACCUGCGAAUUCAACCCGGCAGCGUAUCCCGCGCUAUGGGAGUGUAAAGCGAUCCUAACCAAGAGCAACACAAACGCCCCUGUGGUGUCGGACCUGUCAUGCGACCAGGAGAGCAGCGAGGAGUCGGAUAGCGACAGCCACGACGACACUUUCGGCCGGUUCAUGAAUCGGCGGUCAAAGAGAGCGGAGCCUCAAGAUGGCAAAAAGAAACCGGCACGAAGACCUGGGUUCAUGCAUAUUGCCGGCCGCCCUGGCAAACCAGAAACGAAGGAGCAAAUUCCGAUGUAAAGCUUUCGUGACUGCAGGGAUUCAUCUCUUGGUUCUUUCGGUAAAGUCACGUAGAAGGGAAGUAAUAAAAUAAUAAAAAUAAAACACAAU